GGGCGCGGCGAUGGCCGCGGCCGGGCAGGAGGAGUACGCGUACCUCUACAGGGACUCCGCGCACCCCGCCGGCUUCUUGGAGGCGUUCCGGGCGUUUUACCUGGACGGGCUGUUCACCGACAUCACCCUGCAGUGCGCCUCGGGGGUCAUCUUCCACUGCCACAGAGCUGCCCUGGCAGCCUGCAGCAGUUAUUUUAAAGCCAUGUUCACAGCCGAUAUGAAAGAAAAAUCCAAAAACCAGAUCAGCCUUCCCGGGCUCAGCCAUGCAGUACUGGAAGCUCUCGUGAAUUAUGCAUACACAUCACAGAUCCAGAUAACAAAGAGAAAUGUCCAAAGCCUACUCCAGGCUGCAGACCUGCUCCAGUUCUUGUCAGUAAAGAAAGCCUGUGAGCAGUUUCUGGUAAGGCACUUAGAUACUGACAACUGCAUUGGGAUGCACUCCUUUGCCGAAUAUCAUGAUUGCUCGGAGCUGGAGAAAGAGUCCAGAAGGAUUUUGUUAUGGCAGUUUGAAGAAGUGUGGAAGCAGGAGGAGUUUCUGGACAUUGACAAGGAGAAGCUCUCUUAUAUUCUCUCCAGGGAGAAUCUCAAUGUUCAGAAAGAAGAGGCAGCCAUUGAAGCUGUCAUUAAGUGGGUGACACACAACGUGGAAGGAAGAAUUGAAGACAUCUGUGAAGUGCUGAGCUGCAUCAAAUUAGACUUAGAUAAUGCGUAUUUGAGGUCAGCUCUAAGCCUGCGAAAAAAAUGCCGACUCAAUGACAGUAAGAUAAGGUCACUCAUAUAUAAUGCCCUGAACCUCAAUCCCAAAGGUCUUUCCAGAAGAUCCACAGCAGCCAUGUAUGUAAUUGGAGGAUAUUAUUGGCAUCCCUUAUCAGAAGUGCAUGUUUGGGAUCCUUUAACCGAUGCAUGGGUCCAGGGAACAGAGAUGCCAGAUCACACCAGAGAGAGCUAUGGGGUCACCAGUUUGGGACCAGACAUAUAUGUGACAGGAGGUUACAGAACAGAGAGCAUUGAAGCUCUUGACACCGUGUGGAUAUAUAACAGCGAGAGAGAUGAGUGGACAGAAGGCUGCCCCAUGCUCGAUGCCAGGUAUUACCACUGCGCCGUGUCCGUGAGUGGCUGCGUUUAUGCACUGGGAGGGUACCGAAAGGGAGCUCCAGUCCAAGAAGCUGAGUUUUAUGAUCCUUUAAUACAGAAAUGGCUUCCCAUUGCAAACAUGAUCAAAGGAGUUGGAAAUGCCACGGCCUGUGUCCUGCAUGAAGUCAUCUAUGUUGCUGGAGGUCACUAUGGGUACAGGGGAAGCUGCACCUACGAUAAAAUCCAGAGAUACCAUUCAGGUAGCAAUGAGUGGAGCAUAGUCACCACAAGUCCACAUCCAGAAUAUGGAUUGUGUUCAAUUACGUUACAAAACAAGAUCUAUUUUGUGGGUGGACAGACCACAAUCACUGACUGCUAUGACCCAGAGCAAAAUGAGUGGAAGCAGAUGGCUCACAUGAUGGAGAGAAGGAUGGAGUGUGGCACGGUGGUCAUGAACGGAUGCAUCUAUGUAACAGGAGGAUAUUCCUAUUCAAAAGGAACAUACCUGCAGAGCAUUGAGAAGUACGACCCUGAACGGAACAAAUGGGAAGCAGUAGGUAAUCUUCCCAGUGCUAUGCGGUCACACGGCUGUGUCUGUGUGUAUAACGUGUAAGCACUGCAAUUGCAUCUUGCUGUUACAGAAAACAGCAGAUGCAGUAUUCAUAUCAGCACUGAUUACCUCAUCAGGGGUUGUCUAAUACAAUCACUUAGUGCACAUUGGUAAUAACUAGAUAUAAUUUGUUCUCAUUUUAAACAGCGCAGAAACAUAAAUGUGAUAACAAGAUUUCCAUAUAUUUUUCAGUCCAAUCAUUCUUUGUCAUGGAAGUUCUCAAAUUGGUCUAAUACUUUGUACAGCAACAUAGGAACUACUGUGAAAAAUUGAUUUGUUUUUGCUAAUCACUGGAUGAAACUAUGACUUGGUGCUAAGAUGAGUAAAGCCAAACAAAAUCGGUUCUAAGGACUACUGGCCUUAAGAUGAAAUCUUUGUAUUCUGAGGGUAGCUGUAGAAAUGGAUCAUUGACACAAGCCAAGUGUAGGGUAUAUGCAGAGCAAUGUCACUGGGAUAACUAGGCUAUCAGAUUCAGAAAUGGGCAUUUACAGGAUGCCUCUAACUCUACCUUCAAGUGCCAGAGCAAAGACAAGCUUAGGCUAGGAAUGAGAGAAGAAAUGUUGGUAGUAGCCCCAGAGCAUGGGCCAAAAGCAUGCACUAGUUUUGCUGAAGGAGAAGUAAAAUGGCAUUCCUCUUUGCUGUUCUCACACUCUCUUCGACAUUGCCAAUGAGAAAGGAAAAAAGACUCUGCAAGGCUUUGCAAUGGGAUCUUUGGCUGAUGCACAGGUAUUUGUAGUUUGGGUGUUUCUGGGGGGGAGGGCUGUUCAGAGAAAGGCCUUAAUGUGCUAACUCUUUUUUAAUAUCAAUUCAAAUGUGUGUCUGCGUGGAAUGGAAGGAGAAAAUGAGAGAGACUGGAAAGUUAACAUCCGCCUGAGAUUCAAACUUCUCUAUUUUGUUUAAUGCCAUUUGAUCUUUCCUAAACAGUGACUUGAUCAAAGGUAACAACUAAAAAAACUUGUUAAAGUAUGUUAUGAAUGAAGAAAAAAUAUGAUCUAUAGGAUUGAUUUAUUUAUUAUUUAUCUCAAAACUUAAUAUGAGAUCUUCAAAUCUGUGUAGAAAGUGGAUUUUUGUAAAGUGACUUACAGACAAACAGAUUACACUCUGUGGCCUGACAAUGGUGAUCCAAAUGAAGAAAUGCUUUGGGGAAUAGGGAAGGCUCUUUUAGCACGGAUCCCCCAGUCCAGUUUAUAAAAUGACUGCAGAAAGAGCUGUUAGACAUUGGUGUGAGAGGCAGGGACAAUACAGGGCUGCCGUAGGGUGUGGUGGGAACUUCCCACACCAGCACUGCCAUCUAAAAAGAAAUUUAGGUUUUAUUGGAUUUCUCACAUACAAAUAAAGGACUUUUCCAAGCAGUAAGCUCUGAGUUGAUAAUAAGCAUUUAUUAAUAAGCAUUGCUUGAUCAUAAGCAUUUUCAGCUUUUUAAAAAUUCUUUCGCAUUUUUAUGCUAUUUCUGACUUGCAUUUGACUGUUUGUAGCAGGUGGCACUCAGUUCUGGCUUUGAUGUGAAGUUCUGUGGUGUAUAUGUACAGUUCUUUUUUUGAUAUUUUCAUAUGUUGCCUCACUAUUUCAGAAGCUUGUGUGUCUGUUCAGUGUUUUGCUUUGUUACCCAUCUCACUGAGAUCUAUUCAGGGAUUCCACAUAACUUGUUUAAAGACUCUAAAGAGGGGUAGAGAAUUGAACUUCGAGGCUGUUUGAAAUGCGUGGGCCAAGCAGGUGAGCAAGAGAUAAAUUGAGUUUGUUUCUCCUGGAAAUCUCCACAGCUGACAAUUGCUCAAGGGCAGGUGGAGAUUGAAAGGACAACAUCACAAGGAUAUGAAGGUGAUCUUUGAAUUGAAUGAAACCACAUUGAACUCAAUGUGUUUAUGUAAU